AUGGGGACCCUUUUGGACCGGCCAGGGGCCCGAGGGGCCCAUGGGGCCGAGGCCUGGCUGGAGGAGCAGGCGCGGAGCGAGGGCUGGAGCCGGGCCGAGAGGCUGCGCGGCCGCCGCGCCACGCAGGGGCUCGUGGGGCUGCUGCAGGACCGCGGCCUGGCCGUCAUGGUGGAGGUCAACUGUGAGACCGACUUCGUGGCCCGCAACGAGGAGUUCCAGCGGCUGCUGCAGCAGGCGGUGCUGGGCACCAUGGCCCACUGCCAGGGCCGCGCGGAGCCGCUCGCGGCGCCCGCCAAGCACUUCCUGCAGUCAGAGGAGCUGUUGCAGCUGCGCGCGGAGCCCCACGGAGCCCGGCUCGGCGACCAGGUGGCUCUGGCCAUAGGGAAGCUGGGCGAGAACCUGAGGCUGCGGCGGGCGGCCUGGCUGGCUGUGCCCGCCGGCUGCCACAUCGGCACCUACGUGCACGGGGCGCCGCCGCGCGUCCCGCCGGCGCCCGCCGUGGCCAUGGGCAAGUACGGGGCGCUGGUGGCCUGCGCGCCCGCGGAGCCCGGCGCCGAGGCCGCCCUGCGCGACGUGGGCCGCAAGGUGGCCCAGCACGUGGUGGGGAUGGCGCCGCGCUCGCUGGGCAGCGCCGAGGACGAGCCCGUUGGCGAGGCGGAGACGCGGCUGCUGGCGCAGAGCUUCCUGCUGGAGCCCGCCGUGACGCUGGGCGCCUUCGCGCGCGCCCAGCGCGUCAACGUGCUCGACUUCGUGCGCUUCGAGUGCGGCGAGGAGGCCGAGGCGGCGCCGUAGGCGGCGGGGACCGCGUGCUACGGUGCCA